CAAAACAACCAAACGCGUCCACGAAAAACAAUUCAAUAUCCGUACAUGGAAGCGUCACUCGACCUCCAGAUACCUUCACCAUGUCAGGAAGAAGAUCUACCCAAGCAACGAGUGUUCAAGCUCCUCCAGCAUCCAUCCCUAAAUCCAUCGGCCGCCAGUCGCAAAGCCCCGCGCGAAGGACCACACGAAGCCAAAGUGCGCCAAAGAAUAGUCGCACUACGAGACGAGCCACGAGGGAGGCCAGCGUGGAAAGCUAUGUGAGCGCUAAGUCCUAUCAAAGCCGACGGACGAGAAAGGCAGCUCCCGGCCUGACACACGAGCCUGGUUAGAGAGAUCAUCCAUGCCCACUUCAGACAAAGACUAAUUCCCCUUAGAAUUGCAAGUGGUUUCAGAGGAAGAACAUGUACCUGCCCAUAAAUACCCGCUAGCACCCACGAGGGAGGACGAUCAAGACGAGUACAGUAACGAGUCGACUGCUCUCAACAUCCAUCAGUCUCCGGGAGCCAUGUCCCAAAUGUCUGGAACUACGGCCGUUACAUCAUUUUCCGAAGCUACGGGAAGAGACAUGGACCCUGAAGUGGCAGAUCAGUUUUCCGAAUUCUACAAAGUCUCUUGUAAAAUUAUCAACCUCCUUGCGCCGCCAAACAUGAACGAGAAAAGGUUGGAAUCCAUAUUGAAGGACGUAAAGUUACCAUUGUCAAAGACGGCAAAGAAGUUGAAGGAAAACGAAGACAUUUGGCAAGCCCUUCGUGACAAUUUCCCCAAGGAGGAAUAUAUUACACCGAAAAUUGUGUUGCGAGUCUUACUAGGAGGUGAUUUUGGUGUUGGCGAUUUUCGACCCGAUGCUAUUAUUUACGCAGGAAAUCUUGCAUAUUUGGUAAAGGAAUUUGUUGUUAACGAACAGCGGUCCCAGCGUAUGGAACAACUACUCCACACAACGGACACAUUUUUCCCUGAACCAUUUGUCGCAGGAUUCGAUACGAGUACUACACAUGGAAAGUCUCGUUUGGCGGAUGAUUCUUUUCAAAUGGCUCUGGCAGUCCGCACCCAAUACGCAAUUCUGGAAUUAAGGCAAUUUUGCGUUAAUCACAAGAAGGACACGCCGGAGCGGAUACUGGCCAGCAUAUUUGGCGAGCCAACCGACUUGAAGAAUCCCAUGCGUGGAGGUCCAGCAAAUACACCGGAGCAGAAUAAGAUAAUCACCCAUCGAAUGAGCGUUUUUAGAUCGACCUUUCAUCAAGACGAAGAUGCUGUGGAGCAAGGCGAUCUAGUGGAUAUUGGUCGGUUGGAAGAAUCUUUCCCCUGGUCCAGUUUUCUGUUGGAGUUGGUCCAAUGGAGCAGUUCACGAUUGAAGGAAAUCCAACAGAGCGUCACUAAACAAGGUGGCGAAGAUAAAAUACAGGAAUUACUUUUGAAAUUUAUUAGGAAUAAUGACAGUCAGAACAGAGCAAACACACCCCCACGACCUGGACAGCCGGCACUUGGAUCACCGGUAAAAGUCAAAAAAGGACAGGGACGUCUCAUAGCAGGAUUGAAGCGCAAGAGAACCACAGAUACUUCGACUGUAUCGCUUGACUCGAGACAGCCUGCUCCAUCAGGACGAACUACGGUCAACAAGCAAGUCGGGCCCUCUGCAGUACCAGAGCAUGAGGCUCGAAGAGAAUUCGAAAACCAUCAGCCUGGUAAUGGAGAUGAUGAUGCCCCUUUUUCGGAUUCGGAUGAUGCUUCGCCAUCGGAUACGGCAAAAGCAAGCAUGGAACAUUGGAACUUGAAUGUCAGGGAGAAGAACAAGGAGAACUUGCCCGUUACUGAAGCGGGUAGGUCCGUGAAAAAGCGGAGGAUGAUUGAUCCACACCCAGGUGACCACAAAAUCACCUGGGAAGAACAUUCGCAAGGAAGUUCCAACAGUAGAAGUGAAUCCAGGCAAAAUUCUCGACGACCCGUAAUCGUGGAAAGCGAGGAUAGUGAAGACGAGGGCUUCGAACAAGAUAAGCGAGCGCCAAAUCCUCGGAAAAGAGUUCGCGUACAGCACAGACGAGAGCCGAGUGUAGAAAUUGAGCAGGCAACGGCGUCUAAUAGUCGUCAGAGGAGUACUGAGCCACAGGCAGCACGACCAAGGGAUGAGGAUCACGCAGCACGCAGGAGACAAAAGCAAGAGGAAGCCCGGUUACAAGCUAGUGCUCGGGACGGUGAUGAUGAAGAUGAUGAUGACGAUGAGAGCGUCGUAGCUUUCCCAGCCACUGCCGCCAUCGCUCGCAAACUCGCAAGGAUGAAUACUGCUAUGGCGAAAGCUGCUCGUCCGGCUGCGGCACGGGGCCGAUCAUAUUGGUCCCCUUCCGAUGAACAGGAACUUGUGAGAAUGAUUGAGAAACAUGGGUGUGCAUGGAGUGUUAUUGAGAGAAAGGCGCGGUUUGACGUGGAACGGAAUCAGGUACAGCUUAAGGAUAAGGCGAGGAAUAUGAAGGUCAAUUUUAUCAAGUAUGUUAUCCUACCUUUUCCCUCUUCCGCCAUUUAUCUACCCCCUUUUCUUGUUGUUCUCAUUGUACUAACAUGAAUAUUUCCAGGGCGAAAGUGGACCUCCCGUACAAUUUCGACCAGGUCACUAUUGGGAAGAAGGAACUUGCUAUUAUUCGGCGGUUCAUACCUGAGUAUGAAGAGGAUUGAUUGAUGGGGAGUAAGGUUAGUUGAGAAAAUUGAUACGGGGUGGGUUAAAGGGUGUGAUUCUUUUUAUUGAUUGCGUUGAUACCCAUUUUUUGAUACCGACCUAAUCGGGUCAUGGUUUAUUUUUCUCUAGAGGGCGUUUUCAUACCUUGGGAUGGAUCUUGGGGGGUGUCUAGGGAAGGGAUAGGUAUGGGUAUAGGGCUACUGUUGGAGUAUCGAGUAUCGAGUAGAUUAAUUACCUUUUAGGAAGUGUGAGAAGUGAAAAG